GAUCUAGUUUGUCAUAAGCUAUCGACACACAAGUUUUGAAGCUUCGCGAUUUGACGGGCGACCACAAAACCAUACAGGCUCACACCAAAAGCGGCAUAGCAGUAUAGCACCAUAACCCCUCUCUUCCCCGAUGGACGCGACGACGAAGCGGCGGCACCAGCCCGGCGGCGCGCAGCCCACACGCCGUAAGGUCGUGGAGGAACCCUUCCACACCGCACCCCCUACACCUGCCGCGGCGUCCCCCUCCCGCCUCGUCGGCGCCAUCGUCGAGAAGGGCUACUCCGCCGCCGCACCCUCCUCGGCGCCCCGACCUUCCGUCCUCCCCUUCCCCGUCGCCCGCCACCGCUCCCACGGCCCCCACUGGGUUCCCUUGGUGAAGGACGCCCCCAAGGAUGAGACCGCGGACAACGACGACGAGAUGGACAUGGAUGAGACAGACUACCAUCCUGUGGCAGCUGCUGCAGCUGGUCCUGUGAGGAGGAAGGAGAAGAAGGGCAUGGAUUUUAGCCGGUGGCGUGAGUUUGUUGGCGAUGCUCCCCCCAAGCGGAGGCAGGGGAAGCCAGUGCAGGCCAAGAAACAGAGCGAUCAGAGAAUUGAUGCUGGGGCUGUAGCUUCUAAGGUAGGUGGUGUGGCAGCUGAGGGGAGAGGAUUGGAGGGAGGUGCUAUGCGGCUUGACAGUGGAAAUGCUAGCGAAGGGCCAGGUCCCGUGCUUUUGGUUUCUGAUGUCGUGUCCAAGAAGCCAAUGAGUCAGGUUGAAUCGAGAGAUGAAUUGGUGAACACAAGUGAGGCUAGGAAUUUGGCAUCACAAGCAGAGAGUAUGGACCUCGACGGCAGGGAGUCAUCUAUGGAAGCAGAGAUCAGCGCAGAGAACAUGGCUAGGUUGGCUGGGAUGUCUGCAGGGGAGAUUGCAGAGGCCCAAGCAGAUAUUGUAAAUAAGCUGAACCCUGCAUUGCUGGAGAUGCUGAGGCGGCGGGGAAGGGAGAAGUCUGGAGGCACGAAGGAUGUGGGUAAGGACAAGGGUCUGAAAAACUCAGGGCUGCAGAAGAAUAAAAGGGCUACACCAGGGGAUUGGUUGACUGCUGGUGAACAUACUGGGCACUCCUGGAAGGUGUGGAGCGAAAGAGUGGAGCGGAUCAGGUCUUGUAGGUUCACAUUAGAUGGAGACAUAUUGGGGUUCCAAUCUUCUCACGAGCAACAAGAUGGCAAGAAGAUGCCUUCAGAAAGUGUUGCUGAGCGUGAUUUCCUUAGAACAGAAGGUGAUCCUGCAGCUGUUGGGUACACAAUCAAUGAGGCAGUGGCACUUACCAGGAGCAUGGUUCCGGGGCAGCGUGUGCUUGCACUGCAACUUCUUGCUUCUAUUCUGAAUAGGGCAUUGCAGAGCCUUCAUAAGACCGAUCUAAUGGAUAAUGUUAAAGGAAUGAAUUCCAAGGAUAACAUUGAUGACUGGCAAGCAGUUUGGUCCUAUGCCCUUGGGCCUGAACCAGAAUUGGUACUCUCCCUAAGGAUGGCUUUGGAUGAUAACCAUGAUUCUGUAGUUUUGAGUUGUACUAAAGUAGUUAAUGUUAUGCUGAGCUGUGAGUUCAAUGAAUCCUAUUUUGAAUUUUCAGAGAAAGUAGGUAAUGGAAAAGAUAUCUGCACAGCUCCUGUGUUUCGUAGCAAACCUGACUUAGAUGGAGGCUUUCUUGAAGGUGGGUUCUGGAAAUACAACACAAAACCUUCAAAUAUACUCCCACAUUGUGGUGAUAAUGACGAAGACGAAGCUGAUGAGAAGCAUACAAUUCAGGAUGAUGUUGUUGUGUCUGGCCAAGAUGUUGCUGCUGGUUUUGUUAGGAUGGGAAUACUUCCACGAAUCUGUUUUCUGUUGGAGAUGGAUCCAUCUCCUGCUUUAGAAGAUUAUCUUGUAUCGGUUCUUGUAGCACUAGCCAGGCACUCCCCACAAUCUGCUGAUGCAAUCUUGAAUUGUCCAAGACUUAUUCAAAGUGUUACUAAGCUGUUGAUAAAUCAAGGAUCAAUGGAAAUUCGCUCCUCACAGAUCAGAGGGGUUACUCUCUUGAAGGUUUUGUCCAAAUACAACAGACAAACCUGCUUGAAUUUUGUGAAUCAUGGAGUUUUCCAGCAGGCAUUGUGGCACUGGUACAGAAAAGCUGGUACUAUUGAGGACUGGGUAAGAUCUGGAAAGGAAAAAUGCAAGCUUAGUUCAGCAAUGAUGGUUGAGCAGCUGCGGUUUUGGAGAACCUGCAUCUCCUAUGGGUUUUGUAUAGCUCACUUUGCUGAUUUCUUUCCUGUUUUGUGUCUGUGGCUUAGUCGUCCUGAUUUUAAGAAACUAAGUGAACACAAUGUUCUUGUUGAGUUUAGUUCCGUUGCUAGAGAGUCAUAUCUUGUCUUAGCUGCUCUGGCACAAAGGUUACCACUUCUUCAUUCAGUGGAGCAGCUUGCCAAUCAAGAUCUGGGAGUUUCUGCCAGUUAUAUUGAGACAUGUUCUUGGAGCCAUGUUGUCCCGAUGGUUGACUUAGCUUUAUCUUGGUUACAUCUUAAUGAUAUUCCCUAUGUAUGUUCACUAAUCAGCGAGCAGAAUAGGAAUACAGAGCACAUGUUAGAGAUGAGUUAUCUGAUUUUGGUGAUUUCUUCUGUGCUAGGCAUGCUUAAUUCAAUUUUGGAAAGAAUAUCACCAGAUGUCACUCCUGAGGAUAAAAGUUACAGCUUGCCCUGGAUACCUGAUUUUGUCCCCAAAAUUGGCCUGGGCAUAAUUAGUAAUGGUUUUUUCAGCUGUUCGACCACUGUUGCUGGUAGAAAUGCAGAACAUCAGCCUUUUUGCUGUGCAUCUUUGGUGCAGGGACUUUGUUAUAUGAGAUGCCAUGGUAAUGUUGAUGUAUCAUUGUCUUCCAUUAGCUGCCUUCAAAGAUUGGUGCAGCUAUCCUGGUCUGUCGACAGAGUGAUCCAGGGAGCCACAAAAUGUUGUUCCGAGUGUUUCAAUGAGUCUGGAACAGGUGAAGCUGGCAAACUACUAGCUGAAGGUAUCUCCAGUUUAUGGCAUAAUGAUUUGCUACACUUGCUGACUUCGCUUUUGCCAAUGAUUUCAUCACAAUGGUCCAUAUCACAGAACAUAGAGAUGUUUGGUAGAGGAGGACCAGCUCCUGGUGUUGGGUUUGGCUGGGGGACAUGUGGUGGAGGGUUUUGGUCUCUUAAAUGCCUACUUGCACAAUUGGAUUCACAAUUGGUUGUAGAAUUGAUCAAAUGUUUCUCUUCAGUUCAAGGAAGUCCUAUCAUCCUCGAUGAAGGUGUGAAGUUAGAUAAUGUGACUAACACAGUUGUGACAGCUUCAAAUUGGAUCAGUUCUACCCUAGGGUUGUCUCUGAUUGCUGGACCUGGACAAAUCUAUAUGUUGGAGAAGGUUUUCGAUAUGAUUUUUGAACCUUCCAUUCUGAAGUAUCUCAAAUCAUCUAUACAUAAAUUUACCUCUGACAUGGAAUUACUGAAACCUUUUGAAUGGGACUUAAAUGAAGAUGAAUAUAUGCUCUUCAGCAGUGUUCUCAAAUCACAUUUCAGAUCCAGAUGGUUAGCCAUCAAGAAGAAGCAUUCAGAUAAAUAUGCAGGAGAUAAUAGCAGCACCAAGAUUUCAAAAACACCAGAGAUAUUGGAGACAAUUCAAGAAGAAACAGAGUUGUCAGAAGCUGUAAAUCAACCUUGCAACACAUUAAUGGUAGAGUGGGCGCAUCAGAGACUGCCUCUUCCUAUCCACUGGAUUCUAAGUGCAGUUUGCUGCAUUGAUGAUCCAAAAGGCACACUCUCAACAUCAGCCAACUAUAUUCUUGAUGUCUCAAGGGCUGGUCUUAUCUUCCUUUUAGGUCUGGAGGCCAUUUCAGCUACCCCGUGCCUUCAUGCUCCUUUGAUCUGGAAAAUUCAUGCACUUUCGGUCUCUAUCCGCUCUAGCAUGCAUUUGCUACAGGAAGACAGAAGUAGGGAUAUUUUCUGUGCUUUACAGGAACUGUAUGGCCUGCAUCUGAACAGGUUAUACCAAAAAUUCUGUAAACCAAACUCUAUCGAGGAAGUUAAGGGCGUUGUAGUGGGCACUUCAGAGGAAGCGAUGGAGAUCAGUAGCCUUGAAAUUCUCAGGUUUCAGGAGAAAAUUCAUGGAAGCUAUACUACUUUUGUUGAGAGCCUGGUUGAUCAAUUUGCAGCUGUCUCAUAUGGAGAUUUUGUUUUUGGUCGGCAAGUGGCCAUUUAUCUGCAUAGAAAGGCUGAGCCAGCAGUACGUCUUGCAGCAUGGAAUGCACUGUCUAGUGCGUAUGUGCUUGAACUGUUACCCCCGCUAGACAAUUGCAUUGGCAACGCCCCAGGAUACUUGGAGCCUCUUGAGGAUGAUGAAAAAAUUUUGGAAUCUUAUGCUAAAUCAUGGACGUCUGGUGUCCUGGACAAAGCUUUACAGCGUGAUUCCAUGGCCUUCACAUUGGCAAAGCAUCACCUUUCAGGCUUUGUCUUCCAGUCCAGCGAUUCUGGCACAAUGCUGCGAAAAAAACUGGUCAAAUCGCUUAUCCGGUGCUAUGCACAGAAGCGGCAUCAUGAGGUUAUGCUUAAGUGCUUCGUUCAGCAAGGCAUCGCACAGGAUUCCAAGAGCAGUGAGCUUGACCGGAGAUUUGAAAUCUUGAAGGAUGCUUGUGAGAUGAACUCCAACCUCGUAGGUGAAGUCCAGAGACUGAAGGCAUGUCUUGGCCAAUGAAGCCAGAUAUUUAAGUGUGUCAUUAACUUGGCAGCGUUAGUUGUUGGGAAAGCUCGACAAAGUGGCCCAAAAUAUGCAACUGAGGAAACUCACGGUCGGGGCUAGUGGUUACUUUUAAUUUUGAUGAAGGGAACGCCGAGCACGCAGCAACCCUGAGUCUAACCUGGCUAUGGUUAGGCUGCUCUUAGCAGAGCAUGCAUAUGGUCAUGUAAACAGUAGACCACACUGUCUAUUGAGUGAAGUUUGAAAUAGACUUUAUAUAUAGCAUUAGGCUUCCUUUGAUUCC